AUGCGCUUUGGCAAGACCCUCUCCGAUGCCAUCUAUCCACCAUGGAAAGACAAGUACCUCGAGUACGACAAGAUCAAGAAACUCCUCCGCGAAGAUGAAACCUCCCCCCAAGGCCGAGGUGGUGAGAGGAGCUGGAGUGAACAGGACGAAGAGAACUUUGUCCACGAACUCACCGUGACCCAAUUGGAAAAGGUCCACCAACAUCAGGUCGAUACAUUCAACUCACUACGCGACCGAACCGCUGCCUGUGAGGCAAAGCUCCCGUCUACCGAAGGCGAAGACGCAGGAAAAGCUGAGGAGGAAUACAAAGCUACUGCGAAGGAGCUUCUUCCGGAGCUUGACAGCAUCUCCAAGGAGCUCAAUGAGCUUAGGAAGUUCAGCAGGAUCAAUUACACCGGGUUCCUCAAGGCUGCAAAGAAACAUGAUAGAAAGAGAGGUCUCAAGUACAGAGUCCGUCCGAUACUGCAGGUUCGUCUUUCUCAGAUGCCGUUUAACCAGGAGGACUACUCGCCUUUGCUUUUCCGACUGUCGACCAUGUACAGUUGGGCUCGGCAGCAGCUCGAGGGAGAACAGGCUGGAAAGGAAGCGAAUACAGACGUCCGACCAAAAGACGAGUACAAGGCUUUCAAAUACUGGGUUCAUGUGGACAACCUACUCGAGGUCAAGACGUACCUCUUGCGUCGCCUGCCUGUCUUGGUGUACAAUCCCCAGUCAGUCAAGGUGGUCGAUUCGUCCCAAAAGGACCCGACGAUCACCUCAAUCUACUUCGAUAAUCACAACUUUGACCUGUACCAAGGGAAGGUCGAAAAGGGUACUGGUGGUGCAUCCCUGCGUGUCAGAUGGGCUGGCCAUCUACUUGAUGAACCUGAGGUGGUCCUUGAGAAAAAGUUCGUCGACGAGGAAACAACCGACAGUAGUGACAUCAGAAUCCAACUGAAGCCCAAAUACCUCAUUCCGUUUCUCAAGGGCGAAUACAAGAUGGAAAAACAGAUCAAGAGACUCGAAGAGUUGCUGGGACCUCAACAUGAGGACAUCAAGGCGUUCAAGGCCAACGUUGACGAGAUUCAGUCUUUCAUCAAAGAGAAAGAACUCGAGCCAGUUCUCCGAGCCAGCUAUACCCGGACUGCUUUCCAGAUCCCCGGGGACGACAGGAUUCGGGUGUCGCUGGACACUGAUCUGGCCUUCAUUCGAGAGGAUGCAAUGGACCCUGACCGCCCGUGUCGAGAUCCAGAUGACUGGCAUCGGUCUGAUAUUGACCAGAACAAGAUGGAAUACCCAUUUUCCGCCAUUAAGAAGGGCGAGAUCAGCCGGUUUCCCCACGCUGUGCUCGAGAUCAAGAUCAAAGAAUCCAAGUAUACUAGAAAUAACACUUGGCUCCACGACUUGAUGAACUCUCACCUGGUCAAGGAGGAGAAAAGAUUCUCCAAGUUUGUUCAUGGCGUAGCCGAGCUAUUCGAGGACUAUGUCAACAGCUUUCCUUUCUGGCUGAGCGACUUGGAAACCGACAUCAGAAGAGACCCUGUUACAGCGUACCAAGAGGAACAACAGAAAGUGGUUAAGAAGGCAGAGGACGAAAUGGCCGUCGGCAGCUUCAUUGCAGGGUCCAGAUUGACCCCCAAAGGAAAGGCGGCGUCUUCUCCUGGCAAAUUCGCAGAGAGAAGACUUUCCGGCCAGCUUUCUCAAUCUGUUCAAUCUCAAGGACGCAGCAGGGCCGAGCCGCAGCUGGAAACCACUGCCGAGGAACGGGAUACUGACGAGGAUGGCAUUCAUCCAGCGGACCAGGUCGAGGUUCGAGAUUCGUCCGGGGGCGGUCUCCGAUCCUUCCUUCCAGCCUUCUCGAAUUCUCGUUACGCCCGUCGUCACCGCCAAGGAAAAGGAGCAUGGGAGAAUGCUCCGCUUCCGCCUGGUGUCAAAGAACCAAGUUUCUGGAUCAAAGAUCAGGGUGAACUGAAAAUUGAAGCCAAGGUCUGGCUCGCCAACCAGCGAACAUUCAUCAAGUGGCAGCAUAUCGCAGUCCUCCUAGCCACCCUAUCAGUUGGCCUUUACAAUGCUGCUGGUGUUGAUAACAACAUUGCCCGCAUCCUUGCCGUGGUGUACACCUGCUUCGCCGUGUUUGCAGGAAUCUGGGGCUGGUACGUGUAUAUGUGGCGUACGAAGUUGAUCAAGGAAAGAAGUGGGAAGGACUUUGACAAUCCGAUUGGGCCGUUUGUCGUUACUAUUGGUUUGGCAGCAGCAUUGAUCUUGAACUUUGCUUUCAAGUAUCGUGCUGCAUUACAGAGUAACAACCCCAGUCCGAGCAAUGGCACGACAAGUCCUUUGAUGCCGAUGGAAAUGUUGGCGCCCAAGAUCCAGCUUCCCCAAGCGGCUGCCACUGGCCUUCUUGUCCAGGAGCUUUGA